AUGAGUCAUCUUCCAGGAGUAUUGUUCUUCUGGAAAGAUCCGGAAAGACCAAUUGAUAUGAUACUUCUCCAGUCAGAUCAGUCCAAGAGUUUUGACCCAUUUGAGGUUUCUAACAUGUCUGAAAACCCUGUCCAUCAUUUCAUUGCUACCUUUGCCAUUCUUUUUAUCUCGCGUUAUGUUGUUAACAAAGGUGCCACCAUAUUGAUUGAAUUUAUCAAUCAAUUACUCAAGAUGUACAGCAAAGAUUUCCAAUUACCAACAAGUCUUAUUGGCCUGCAAAGAAUGACUAGUUUUUCCAAUUACGCCAAUAGUAUCAAGAAGUCUGUUGUAUGUGAAGACUGCCACAAGGUUUACGAACAAGAUGUGCCUCUCCCUACUCAUUGUGACUUCAAAAAGCAUGGUUCUUGA